AUGAAGUUCCACGCAGCCGCUCUCACACUUGCAUAUUUAGCAAACUCUGCUUCAGCGUCAGUGGCCCAGCCAAGGAGCGAAGCAGCCCAGGCCCCUGAGGAUGGCAAGACGUUUUCCAUUACUCAGAUCCAAAAUGAACGAUUCCGAGGGCCCAAUGUCCCUGCCAGCUACAUUGCGGCUCUAGCAAAGUACAGCCCCCAGGUAUCAGAGCAUAUCAAGCACGCGAUAAGGCUGGUUGAGGAAACAGGCAAUCAGACGGGCACUGCUGUUGCCACACCGGCUCCGGGGGCCGAUUCAGAAUAUGUUUUGCCUGUCAAGAUUGGCACACCCCCUCAGACCGUGCCCCUGAACCUUGAUACCGGUUCGUCAGAUCUCUGGGUCCUCUCAACGGACACAUAUCCGUCUCAAAUUCAAGGCCAGGCCAUUUACGACCCGAACGCCUCAAACACAAGCCGCCGCCAGACCGGGUUAUCAUGGCUCAUCAGGUACGGCGACGGCUCCAGCGCCAACGGCAUCGUCUACAAGGACCGCGUGCAGAUCGGCAAUACCUUCUUUGACCAACAGGCCAUAGAAUCAGCCAUCAGAGUCUCCGACGACAUCAGCGACGACACCUUCGCAUCUGGCCUCCUGGGCGCCGCCGGCAGCGCUGGCAACACGGUCCGUCCCGACAAGCAGAAGACGUAUCUGGACAACAUCAAGGACCAGCUCGCGAAGCCGCUCUUCACCGCCAACCUCAAGAAGGGCAAGCCCGGCAACUACAACUUUGGCUACAUCAACGCCUCCGAGUACACGGGCGACAUCCAGUACGCCGCCAUCAACCCCAAGGGCCCCCUAUGGGAAAUCUCCGUCAGCGGCUACCGCGUCGGCAGCGACGAGUCAAAGUACGUGUCCCGUGUAUGGAACGCCAUCGCCGACACUGGCACCACGCUGCUCCUGACGCCCACCGACAUCGUCAACGCCUACUAUGCGCAGGUCAACGGCUCGACCAUGAACGACGACGUCGGCAUGAUGGUGGUGCCCUGCACCGCUAAGCUGCCCGACUUUGUCUUUGGGCUGGGCAAGUACAGAGGCGUCAUCCCAGGCACUUACAUGAACUAUGGAAGGAUGAACAGGACAUAUUGCUACGGCGGCCUCCAGGAUUCCGAGGGCGCGCCGUUUGCCGUGUUGGGAGACAUUGCUUUGAAGGCUCAGUUUGUCGUCUUUGACUUUGGCAACAAUGUUGUGGGAUUCGCCAACAAGAACACGACCGUUUAG